AUGACCACUCUGUUCUGCAAUGGACGCUUCUUCCAGUCAGGCCCCGGAGGCCAGGGCCACACGUUUGCCGAGUGUAUGCUGGUAGACGACGAAGGGCAAAUUGUUCACGUCGGCUCCCCAAAGGAUGAGAAGAUCAAAGCUGCCGGCGCCGGCGUUGCAGUCGAGCACGACAUGGCCGGUCACGUAGUGCUUCCCGGAUUCAUCGACGGGCACAUGCAUCUGCUGAUGCUGGGUCAAUCUCUGCAGAAAGCCUGCCUAGAAGCGUGCCAAAACAUCGAAGACAUCCGGCGGACAAUCAAAGACUACGCGAUAGCAAACCCGUCGGUCGCUCGAAUAAUGUGCAAAGGCUGGAUGCACUCUAUGACCAACGGAGAAGCCCUUGCUUCUAUGAUCGAUGAUCUGGACCCCGACCCAUCUUUAUCGAUUCCAAGGACCUCCAUUCUACCUGGUGCAACACUGCUGCGUUGA